ACAUUCUAGCCCAAAGAUCCUAUAGCGAGCUCUAGCCCUCUGCUACCUCCAGAGAAGGGUUGCGCCUUUGCUCGGGAUAACGCGGCGGCGGCGGCGGGUCCCAGUGCAGCGAGGCCGGGACUGUGGGUCGCGGAGCGGCACCUGAGACGGGGCAGGUAGGCGGGAGGGUCUCUGAGGCCGGGAGAUGCGACCUGGAACUUUUUUGGUGAACUUUUUGAAAAGUUUUUGGAAAGUUUGAGAACGUGUUUUUUUUUGGAGGCUGCGGCGAUGGCGAGCGGGGGUUACCGGCCCCCCGGGAACACCACUGACUUUCUGGAAGAAUGGAAGGCCAAGAGAGAGAAGAUGAGAGCCCGUUUCGCUGCCGCCACCGGCGCAAGUAACGCGGAGACCGGAUCCAACCGUAACGGCGCCGCUCCCUCGCUGGGCGAGCUGAACAAUAACGGGGGAGACCAGCCGGUGCUGCCCCCGUGGAGGGCGGCUGUACCGACCCCAGCCCCAGCCCCCUCCCCGGCACCGGUCCCGGUCCAUCCCCCAGUCCCUACCCCAGUCUCAGUCUCGGUCUCAGUCCCUGUCCCAGUCCCGGCCCCGCGGCGCGGGGAGGAGGAGGACGGCAGAAGCAGCGAAGGGGCCGCCAGAAAUUCGCCGGCGGACGGAGCCGAAGCGGAGACCCCACCGCCCGCAGCCGCCGCCGCCGACACCGCCUCCUCCUCGCCGCCACCGUGCGCCAAGGGCAAGGAGAAGAAAUGUUCCGGGCCGAGCGCCCGCAAGGGCAAGGGGCAGAUCGAGAAAAGGAAACUGCGGGAGAAGCGGAGGUCGACUGGAGUGGUCAACAUCCCCGCCGUUGAGUGUCCCGAUGAGGACAACGACACUUCAGAGCAGAAGCCGCACCAGAGGGAUGACACCACCACCCAGCAGAACACCAUCCUGAACGAGUCCGUUGCAUCAGAUGUCGGCAGCCCACAUUCCGAAACGUCCAGAACCACAACUCGAUGGAAAAGCUCCGUGGGAACCUUUGAUGAAGACACCGUGACGAGCUCGGCCAACAGCCGCUACUCGGCCCGAGGAGAGAAGCUGGGCUUUGGUCGCUACGGAAACUCCGCAGGCUCAACCUAUGGCGGUUCAUUAGACAAGAAGUUGGAGGAGGUUGAGACGGAACUCGCUAAGGAGAGACUGGAGAAUCAGAAGCUGAUGAAACUGUUGCAGGAUCGGGACGAACUCAUCGGGAAGCUGAAGGAGGAAGUCGACCUUCUUAACAGAGACUUGGACGAGAUUGAAGAUGAAAAUGACCAGUUGAAGCAAGAGAACAAGACACUGUUGAAAGUUGUUGGCCAGUUAACCAGGUAGAAGACCCCCCGCCCCUACCGCACGUCAUUCUGCGAUAGUUUGACUGGUAACGUGGCAUUCCCUGGACUUUGCUUUGCAAAAGAAACACAAGGGCUGGACCAAGAAUAAGAAAUUCACAGAACCCUCACCCGAGAAUAUUACACACCUUUUCCGAAGAUCUGUCUCACGUGCAAAGUUUUGCAUUACUUUAGGCCUUUGAUCGCAGCUGCUGAGUUUGUUUGUAUGUUCCCCCAUUGUGUCUGCACCAUCUUCUGCUCCAGCGUCCAUUUAUAAACAGAUUGCCGGUUUAAAUUAUGGCUGUGAAACGCAAGCCCGGGUCUCCUGCCCGUGGCUCCGGCUACAUUCAAACCCCACAAGAGAAGUGUGCGUGCUUCGAGAGUGACAAGAGACAAGGUUUGGAAACACUGAUGCUGAGGAGUGAGAUACAUCGCUGUUGCAAAUAAACCUUUGCUCCGUGGACAAAAACUCAUACCCUACCACAUUUACAUGCACAAUAUCAUAUAUUCAAAGCUUGCUCUGUAACUUUGCUGGCCGCUCAUUUCACCCACAGGAAAUUUAUGCUCAAUCUCACGCUAAACCAUUGCGGAGAUGCUCUUCAUAAGCAGGAGGUCUCCGCUCAAGCCCCCACCAUUCAUAUGAUGACGGCUGAUCUAUCUCCAGACCCCAUCUCUAUUAUGUCAGUCCCCCCCGAGGCCAUCGAUCUCCUGGUCUUCCUAAAUAUAUCUACCUCCAUUUUAAAUACACCGAAUAAUUAUGGCUCCACAACCUUCCAGGGUAGAGCGUUCCAGAGAUAGUUCUUUAGACUUUAGAGACACUGAACGAAAACAGACCCUUUGUCCCACUGAGUCCGCGCCGACCAGUAACACCCGUACACUAGCACUAUCCUACACACUUGGGACAAUUUACAAUUUUACCGAAGCC